UCUCGCUCUGUCACCCAGGCUGAAGUGCAGUGGCCCGAUCUCGGCUCACUGCAACCUCCACCUCCCGGGUUCAAGCGAUUCUCUUGCCUCAUCCUCCUGGGAAGCUGGGAUUGCAGGAGUGCAACACUACGCCCAGCUAAUUUUUGUAUUUUUCGUAGAGACGGGGUUUCACCAUGUUGGUCAGGCUGGUCUCGACCUUCUGACCUUGUGAUUCGCCCGCCUCGGCCUGUCAAAGUGCUGGGAUUACAGGCGUGAGCCACCGCGCCCGGCCGUAGUUAUUGUUUUAUACGAUUUUAAGAUCACUUAAUUUAAAUCCUCUGAACUCCGUUGAGAUUCCAAUAGAAGUGUGUAUUUGUAAUUUUUGCACUAACAACCUUCUGUUGCCUUUCAUCUAAUAUGUUGUUGCAUCAGUUCAAAUACUGUUUUAAAUCCUUCGAUAAGUCUUCUCUAUUCGUAGCUUUUUGGGUCACUUUUUUUUUUUUCCAAAAAAAACAGGAAGUCUCUUUUUACCUGCAGCAUCAACUGAGCCGGCUUUCCGGCGCGCGCCAGCCCCUCCCCUGCUCCCGCCCCAAGGUUCCGCGUUACCAUGGGAACAAAGGUUGACGUCACUUAGGGCUUCCGCGCUGGAACCUAGGGUCGAUGGUGAAGGGAGACGGGUGGAGAGGCAGUUUUGCUCCAUCUACGCAUGCGCACUUCCUGCUCCAGAACUCCCUCGCCAUAAAUCUCGUUCCGGCUGGGCUUUUUCCGCCGCGACUUCUCGCUUAAUCCCGGAGAAACUGCCCCGUGGGGGAGGGGAGUAGAAAAAGGCUGGAACCAGCGACAGCCAAUCCCGCGACACUACAACGCAGGCGAGAUUGAUUGAGUCCACCACCGCAGCCAAUGAGAGAGCUCGUCGCCCGUCCGUCACAGAGUUCGCCCCACCCCAUCCCCUCCUUUCUGGACUCGGAGCUCAGUUUACGCAGUAACAAAUGAAGUGCGCUCUGCGACACCUCCCAGCCCACCGAACUCCGCCGCCAUUUCCUCGCCUGGCCUAACGGUUCGGCCAAUCCCAGCGCGCAUCAAGAAGGACUGAGGCUCCGCCAAUCGGAGGCCGCCGAUUUCGACCCUUCGCCUCGGCCCGGCCCAAUCCAGGCCCCGGCCCCGCCGCCCCCGGCCCGCCCCCGCGGCGCCCUCUCUCCUCCCUCUUUGUGCGUCUCGCGCCGCCGCCGCCCGCCGCGUGAGAGGACGGGCUCCGCGCGCUCCGGCAGCGCAUUCGGGUCCCCUCCCCCCGGGAGGCUUGCGAAGGAGAAGCCGCCGCAGAGGAAAAGCAGGUGCCGGUGCCUGUCCCCGGGGGCGCCAUGGCGACCGGAGCGAACGCCACGCCGUUGGGUAAGCUGGGCCCCCCCGGGCUGCCCCCGCUCCCCGGGCCCAAAGGAGGCUUCGAGCCGGGCCCUCCGCCUGCACCCGGGCCUGGGUCGGGGCUGCUGGCUCCCGGGCCGCCGCCGCCCCCGCCCGUGGGCUCGAUGGGGGCCCUGACCGCGGCCUUCCCCUUCGCGGCGCUGCCUCCGCCGCCUCCGCCGCCGCCCCCUCCGCCUCCCCAGCAGCCGCCGCCGCCUCCACCGCCACCGUCCCCCGGCGCCUCGUACCCGCCGCCGCAGCCGCCCCCUCCGCCGCCGCUCUACCAGCGCGUGUCGCCGCCGCAGCCGCCGCCACCCCCACCCCAGCCGCCGCGUAAGGACCAGCAGCCGGGCCCGGCCGGCGGCGGAGGAGACUUCCCAAGUAAGAAGCGGAAGAGGAGCCGCUGGAACCAAGACACAAUGGAACAGAAGACAGUGAUUCCGGGAAUGCCUACAGUUAUUCCCCCUGGACUUACUCGAGAACAAGAAAGAGCUUAUAUAGUGCAACUGCAGAUAGAAGACCUGACUCGUAAACUGCGCACAGGAGACCUGGGCAUCCCCCCUAACCCUGAGGACAGGUCCCCUUCCCCUGAGCCCAUCUACAAUAGCGAGGGGAAGCGGCUUAACACCCGAGAGUUCCGCACCCGCAAAAAGCUGGAAGAGGAGCGGCACAACCUCAUCACAGAGAUGGUUGCACUCAAUCCGGAUUUCAAGCCACCUGCAGAUUACAAACCUCCAGCAACACGUGUGAGCGAUAAAGUCAUGAUUCCACAAGAUGAGUACCCAGAAAUCAACUUUGUGGGGCUGCUCAUCGGGCCCAGAGGGAACACCCUGAAGAACAUAGAGAAGGAGUGCAAUGCCAAGAUUAUGAUCCGGGGGAAAGGGUCUGUGAAAGAAGGGAAAGUUGGGCGCAAAGAUGGCCAGAUGUUGCCAGGAGAAGAUGAGCCACUUCAUGCCCUGGUCACUGCCAAUACAAUGGAGAACGUCAAAAAGGCAGUGGAACAGAUAAGAAACAUCCUGAAGCAGGGUAUUGAGACCCCAGAGGACCAGAAUGAUCUACGGAAGAUGCAGCUUCGGGAGUUGGCUCGCUUGAAUGGGACCCUUCGGGAAGACGACAACAGGAUCUUAAGACCCUGGCAGAGCUCAGAGACCCGCAGCAUUACCAACACUACAGUGUGUACCAAGUGUGGAGGGGCUGGCCACAUUGCUUCAGACUGUAAAUUCCAAAGGCCUGGUGAUCCUCAGUCAGCUCAGGAUAAAGCACGGAUGGAUAAAGAAUAUUUGUCCCUCAUGGCUGAACUGGGUGAAGCACCUGUCCCAGCAUCUGUGGGCUCCACCUCUGGGCCUGCCACCACACCCCUGGCCAGCGCACCUCGUCCUGCUGCUCCCGCCAACAACCCACCUCCACCGUCUCUCAUGUCUACCACCCAGAGCCGCCCACCCUGGAUGAAUUCUGGCCCUUCAGAGAGUCGGCCCUACCACGGCAUGCACGGAGGUGGUCCUGGUGGGCCCGGAGGUGGCCCCCACAGCUUCCCACACCCAUUACCCAGCCUGACAGGUGGGCAUGGUGGACAUCCCAUGCAGCACAACCCCAAUGGACCCCCACCCCCUUGGAUGCAGCCACCACCACCACCGAUGAACCAGGGCCCCCAUCCUCCUGGGCACCAUGGCCCUCCUCCAAUGGAUCAGUACCUGGGAAGUACGCCUGUGGGCUCUGGGGUCUAUCGCCUGCAUCAAGGAAAAGGUAUGAUGCCGCCACCACCUAUGGGCAUGAUGCCGCCGCCGCCGCCGCCUCCCAGUGGGCAGCCCCCACCCCCUCCCUCUGGUCCUCUUCCCCCAUGGCAACAACAGCAGCAGCAGCCUCCGCCACCCCCUCCGCCCAGCAGCAGUAUGGCUUCCAGUACCCCCUUGCCAUGGCAGCAAAAUACGACGACUACCACCACGAGCGCUGGCACAGGGUCCAUCCCGCCAUGGCAACAGCAGCAGGCGGCUGCCGCAGCUUCUCCAGGAGCCCCUCAGAUGCAAGGCAACCCCACUAUGGUGCCCCUGCCCCCCGGGGUCCAGCCGCCUCUGCCGCCUGGGGCCCCUCCCCCUCCGCCGCCUCCACCGCCUGGUUCCGCCGGCAUGAUGUAUGCCCCGCCCCCUCCUCCUCCGCCUCCCAUGGACCCUUCUAACUUUGUCACCAUGAUGGGCAUGGGGGUGGCGGGCAUGCCGCCCUUCGGGAUGCCUCCAGCUCCCCCACCGCCUCCACCACAGAACUAGACUGGUUUUUUAAGAAAAUAUAUAUUAUAUAUAGAGAGAAUUGGUCUCGUUUAAACACGCCGAACCUCACCAUAUGGAGCCAGACAUUGGGACGCACGCAUGUGAUUGUGUGUGCACGCAUGUGUGUGUGUGCACGCACUGGGCUGGGCCAAGCGACUGAGGAUUCGCUUGGGAACGGGCAGGUGGUAGUAGGGGCGCCAGCUUGGGCUCUCCUGGCGCCCCGUAGCAUCGAGUGUCUUCUUUGUCUUCUUUCUCUCCUCACCCAACUCCCUUUGCCUCUCCCCAAACCGGGCCGCCAGGAUCCCUCCCCGCGGCGGCGAUGGCCCGAGCCAUGAGAGUGAGGACUUUCCGCGCCCAUUGGUGACCCUUCCAGGCAGACAGCCUCAGCAACGCCCCUGGUGGACAGGAUGGUUCGGCAAAGCAGCCUGAGUUAUUUUUGUGGACGGAAUCGGAACACGCUGGCUCCAUAUCGUGAAAUUUUUAUUAAUUUUUUUCUUUUUCCUUUGUUACUUCUUCAUCUCUUCCUUUCUUCAGACUCCGUCCAAGGAGAUGCUCUCCCCGGUCUUCUGCUGCAAUUAGAUUCCUUUCCCUUCUCUCCAGUUCUCCUUCCCUUACCAAGGAGAGGGGAGCAAAUGGUUUUGGGCAAGGGCUUUGGCCAUUCAUGUCAAGCUGGUUGUGGGUUUUUCAAGGUGCCAUAGCCACCCCCAAAGAUGUUUGUUCAAAGCGUGGGGUUUUUUAAUCUCUGCCACCCUUGUCAAGGGAGUCUUGUAAAGUUGCCGAGGGUAGGUUCAUCUCCAGGUUCCGGGAUUCCCAUCCGUCCUGGCGGUCCUGCCAGCAGUGGGUGGGCAGCCUGAGCUCCCUCGGGCUCGCCUGCCAGCCUGGAGUUCUUCCUGUGCUCCUUGAUCACCUGAGCUGCCUCAGAUUCCAUUUGGUCCUCUCCUUCCUGGAAGGCUUCCUUUUAUGUUUUAUUUUAAUCCCAAAUGUCUGAAUGUUUUGCAGUGUGUAGGGGUUUGAGCAACCCUUGUUCAUUCUCCUUCCUUUUUCCUCCCGCUUCCCUCUCCAUGGAGUGAUUCUGUUGACAAUAUACUGCGCGUUCUCUUCACUGGUUUAUCUGCAGAAAUUUCUCUGGGCUUUUUUCAGUGUUAGAUUCAACACUGCGCUAAAGCGGGGAUGUUCCAUUGAAUAAAAGAGCAGUGUGGUUUUCUGGG